AUGAUGCGUAAAAAUAAAUAUACUGGUCCUUGUGCAGUUGAAAAUUGUAAAGAAAAUGAAAAAAGUCCCGAGUAUGUUACUUUUAGAAGUAUAACUGAUAAAGCAUUCGAUAAGUUAAUGAAGCAUCCAGAUUAUUUAAGUAUAAAUUACUUAAAAAAAAAUCAACAACUUUGUUUUACACAUUAUAUGAAAUAUGUAGAACAUAAAUAUAAAGAAGUGAAUAAAAAUGAAUUAUCUGAAAAUGGAAUUCUUUUAUCUGAAGAAGAUUUUAGCUUACUGGUUCAAAAAAUUGAAAAUUUGGAAGCAAAGUUCAGAACAACUUGGAAAAAAGCAUUAAAAUGA